AUGUCUGCCACCACGUCAACUCCCGAGGUUCUCUGGGCUCAGCGCUCCAGCUCCUCUGACGCCUCCAAGAACUUUGUCUACCUGACUAUCUCUGUACCCGACGUCCCCGCCUCCAACCUCAAGCUUGAUCUUAAGCCCACCGGCCUGUCGUUCAGCGGCCACUCCGACACCCUGAAGCGCUCUUACGCGGUAGACCUCGAGUUCUACGCCGAGAUUGACCCCGCCGAGAGCAAAAUCAACCACACUGCCAAGAACGUCGAGCUCAAGCUCCAGAAGAAGGAGCUCAAGGAGGAGUACUGGCCCCGCCUGCUCAAGGAGGCCAAGAAGGUCCACUUCCUGAAGACCGACUUCGACAAGUGGGUCGACGAGGACGAGCAGGAUGAGGCUGCUGAGGAGGACUUCUCUCAGUUCGGCGGCAUGGGUGGCAUGCCCGGCAUGGGAGGUGCUGGCGGUGACUUCGGCGGCAUCGACUUCUCCAAGCUUGGCGGCGGCGGUGGCCCCGACAUGGGAGACAUGGAAGAUGACGAGGAGGGCGAGGACGACGAUGAUAUGCCGCCUUUGGAGGGCGAGGACGACGGCAAGGCUGCCGCCUCCGUUGCUGAUGCCAAGGCUGCAGAGAAAUAA